AUCCAUCCCGACCCAGGACCUCGCACCAUGGCCGGCCCCAGCCUGGCCUGCUGCCUGCUCGGCCUCCUGGCGCUGACUUCCGCCUGCUACAUCCAGAACUGUCCUCUGGGCGGCAAGAGGGCCGCGCUGGACCUCGAUGUGCGCAAGUGCCUCCCCUGCGGCCCCGGAGGCCAAGGGCGCUGCUUCGGGCCCAGCAUCUGCUGCGCGGACGCGCUGGGCUGCUUCGUGGGCACGGCCGAGGCACUGCGCUGCCAGGAGGAGAACUACCUCCCGUCGCCCUGCCAGUCUGGCCACAAGCCGUGCGGGAGCGGGGGACGCUGCGCGGCCAACGGUGUCUGCUGCAGCCCAGACGGCUGCCACACCGACCCCGCCUGCGACCUCGAGGCCGCCUUCUCCGAACGCUGAGCCCAGAUGGCCCCUGUCUCCCCGGAGCACAGGCUUCGCCCCCCUUUGCCACCCCCAAGCCUCGUGAAAACGAAAUAAAGCAGAUUUCUCCC